GGCUCGCGGCGAUUAUCACUCGCAGUCGCGGUGCCAAGACCUAGCGUGGCCCUCGAGACGUCUGCGGGGAGUGAGGGCGAUCCCGGGAGGGUUCCUGCGGCCGCGGAGCAGACCGAGUGGCUGGUGGUAGUGCCGUCAAUGGUCUUGUUGGUGCUGUGGGGUGGAAUAAGGCGCUCGUGCUUGGGGAUCUGUAUGCCGUCGCCUGCAGAUACAGGUAGAUAGAUAGACCCGGAGAAAGGGUUGCAGCAGAAGAAGAGGAAGAUGAUUGAUCGGAAAUUUAGUCGUUUUGUGUCUGUGCUGAGGGAAGAGCGUCGCAGAUGCAGCGUCUGCUGUGCGGUUCAGUGAAUAAGAAGCCGUUUGGAGUUCCUAGGCCUCUUCGCCCGGCUGUUGGAUGCUGCAGGACGCCGCCCCUCGAGCCUCCUUGAUCCUUCCGUUCUCACCAGGACCGCAACUCGCUCUCCCGCAGACACGAUGGCCUCGACGUGCGCACAGGAGGGCGGCCACGUGGAGGACAGGGCGCUCGUCGAGAGCUCGGGCUUGACCACGCUGAAGGAGGCGAUGCUGAGCACGCUGAUCGAGGCCCUGGGCGAGGCGGAGGAGGACGCCCGAGAGGGAGGGGGAGGAGGGACGAAGGAGGGGCGGGAGGAGAAGAGCAGAGGAGGGGAGGUCCCCGACGGAGGCGAUGGCGAAGGGCACAGCGACGACGACGCCUCGGCCUGCAACGACGCGUUCGACGAGCCGUGGGAGAGGGAGACGGUGAUGCGAGUCAUCUCCCAGCUGACCGAGUCCUCCCCGCCGCACUCGCCCGUCGCCGUCGCCGUCGCCGUCCCCUUCGGCGCCGGGGUGUAUGGGAGCAGCGUGGAGUCGACCAGCCACAUGCCCUCCGCCCCGCCCACGCCACCCACCGCAGCGAGAUGGGCGUCCGCCGACCUCCCCGAGCAGCCCAAGUCGAGUCCGGCGGCAGAGGCUGAACGGAUGACCAUGUACCGGUGCAUCAUCUCCUCCAUUGUGGAAUCCGAGACCAUUUACCUGGAGUGCUUGGAUGUGGUGUUGCAGUACAUGAAGGCCCUGAAGGCUACCCUGACGACCUCCCAGCCCGUGAUCUCGCCGGACGACUUCUCCACCGUGUUCUACCGCAUCAGCGAGACAAUCAGCGCUCCGCAGCACAGUGCCUUCCUCCAGGGCCUCAGGGAACGCUCCUCGCAGCUCGAUGGCUCUGGCAGAAACACUAACACAAACACUCUUCCACAGGCAAGCAAGUUAGAUGUGUAUGCCUCCUUCCUGCAAAACUACCCUCGUGCCAUAGAAACUGUGAGACGGUGCAGUUCUCAGAGUCCUCAAUUUGCCGACAUCACACGUUCCAUCAAACUCCGGUCCCUCCAGGGCCAGCCACAAUCUCUUGAGGACCUCUUGCACAGACCCGUUGCAAGAGUCCAGAAAAAUGCUCUAGUCCUUCAUGACUUGCUCAAGUAUACUUCAGAGAACCAUCCUGAUCAUGAAACUUUGAAAGAAGCUCUCAAACUUACACAAAACUUUUUAACACACCUCUCAAUGAUUCACACUGAGGCGAUGUUUCCAGCUCAGGAUCGUCCUCAGCGGCACUUGGUUCGCAAUUCAUUUAUUGUAGAGUUGGUUGAAGGUCACAGGAAACUUAGGCAUCUCUUUUUGUUCAAUGAUGUAAUAGUUUGUGCCAAGUACAAACCAACGGGAAGAUCAGAGAAGUUUACAUUUGAAGUGAAAUGGUACAUUAGCCUCCAUGAUAUAGCUGUGUUAAAUGACAGUGGACCAGAGACACUAAAAGAAUCUAAUCCUCCAAACUUGGUCUCACUUAAGUCACAAGCCUCUACUAUUCGCGACCAGUUGAGACGGUUAGACAGUAUGGGUGAAAAGGGGGCUGGCCGAAUGAAUCAAGCACGAAAUGAAAAACAUCGGAAGAAACUAGCUGAAUUGGAAGCCCAGCUAGUUCUAGCAUCUCCCAAUCUCCCAUUUAGAAUAUCAAAGCGAGCGGGACCUGUCCACACAUUCCUUCUAACUUCAGAGUAUGAGCGAGAUCAGUGGGGUGAAGCCAUCCAAGUACUGCAGGCCAACACCCCAGGAGUUGGUGGAAGUUCUCUCACCCUCCAUGAGCUCCAGGGAUGGAUCACAGCCUACAGAUCCUUCCUGAAGACCAACAUGGGUUCCUUCUUACUCAAGUCAGGGAGAGACGAUUCUUUACUGCUUGGUGACCUGCACAUUGUGGUUUCUAGUCUACAUGGCCUUACUAGACCUGCAAAGAUGUUUGUGUGCUUCGAAGUAGACUCGUAUGGUCAUUUCUUCCGUAAAGUAAAGACAAAACAAGCUGACGGUGUUGAACCCCACUGGAAUCAGGACUUCAUAAUUGAAUUGGAAGGGUCACAGACACUUCGAAUUUUAUGCUAUGAAGAAGAUCCAAAGUUGGGUGUGCAACUGAGGGGAAAGGCUCACCUUGAGCUGUCACGUUCAUGGUUGAGUGACACCUUGAAUGAAAGGCGGGUCAGUCUUCAGGAUUUGGUGUUGGUGCUUUCCCUAAAGUUCCUUCCUCCUGAAGCCACACUCAGAAGAGUCCCAACUGGAAAGUCAUCUGGAUUGUUUGGCACUAACAUUGCCAAUGUGUGCAAGCGAGAAAAGAGAAGUGUACCAUUUAUAGUGACAAGGUGUGUGCGUGAAGUGGAAAGACGUGGGAUGCAGGAGGUCGGAAUAUACAGGGUAUCUGGCUUAGCAUCUGAUAUCACAAAGCUGAAAAAGUCUUUUGAGUCAAAUCCGUAUGAAGCUGAACAACUUGUCAAAGAGGUGGACAUUCAUUCAGUUACUGGCCUUCUAAAGCUUUUCCUGCGUGAACUUCCGGAGGCUCUCUUUACGGAUGAACUCUAUCCUCGUUUCUUUGAAGCAUACAGUGCUGCAGAUCCUGAGUACCGGAAAACCACAAUACUCAAACUAUUUUCAUCGCUACCCCAGCUAAACCAGUCAAUUAUCGCCUAUCUUCUUGAACAUUUAGUAAAAGUACACCAGAUGGAGCAUCAGAAUAAAAUGUCUCUUCAUAACUUGGCCACAGUCUUUGGGCCAACGCUGAUCCGGCCAGGAGCCAAAGCCGGCAACCCGUCUCCAGCAGAACAGCUGGCAGCAGGCACAGUGGAUGUCAUGGCUCAGGCAGGAAUACUCCAUUUCUUCCUCACAAGACGUGCACAUGGAGAACCAAUACAGGGUGUCAACCAAUAGGUGUAGAGUCAUAUAUUGUAUGUGUGUGUAUAUAUAUCUAUUAUUUAAUAUUUGUUUUUAACUAUCACUUUCUGAACAGAAGUUCAGAUCAUAAUACUGGACUCAAUUGCCAUUAAAGGCCUUAUGGAUGGUGGUAUCAAGGCUUCUCAUUCUCUGGUCUAGAUGCAAUGCUAUAGAAUUAUCUAGUGACAACACUAUGUAUAUAAGACAUUUAUAUUGAACUUUACAGUGAAUUCUACUGUGUUUUCUCAUAUUAAUUGCUAGUGGCUAAAAGUAAAUACUGCCAACAAGAUGUAGAUGUGGAAAAAAAACUGAUAUUAGUGGAAAAAGAAAGAGGAAAUAAAAUAGAUUAAAGAUCUUCCAUAUUUCCAUAUUUUGUAUGUGAAGUGGAAGUUGGUAAACAUACCCCUGGAAAAAGGAUAGUUUUUCAGACGGGACUUUGUAACCUCAAAUGCCUUCCUGUUCAACCCACACAUUUUAUACUCUUUGAUAUCAUAAUCCUUUUCAGGUUUUUAGGUUAAACUUGGAUGUUCUUUGCUUUUUUUUUUUACAUGCGAGUGCUAAGACCAUUGUUCUGUUCAGUAAAGUUCAUGCAUUUUGCCCCAGAAGAAAAGAAUCAGUGCCUACUGGAAGAGAACCUAACAUACACUGUGAAGUUUUCCACCUUCAUGUGAGUUGUAGAUGAUUUUAGAUAAAUGUGUCAUUUUUGGAGGAUGCAGUAGAGAGCCUUAGACACUUUUUUACGCAAGUAAAAUGAAGAUAGAAUAAAGAUGAUAUAUAUUUAUGUGAGCCUCAGGAGAUGAGCUGAACUUGGAUUUUUUUUCUCCUUUUCUACUUUCUCUGUUCUCUUGAAAAUGCUAGUCACUACCAUGUGAAAGUUGGUAUGAAUGAAAGUAUGAUUUACAUUCGUGUUGAGCUUUACAAAACUUGUCACUGAAUUAAUUUAUAGCUGUACCAGAUACCCAUUCUUUAUAUAACAAUCCUUGCAACUGUAAGCAGAUUGAUUUUUUUGUGACAAAUCAUAUAUUCCUGGUACUGAUUCAUUUCUUUUUCUGUCAUAGAAAUAUUUCACAGUAAGAUUUGUGGAGAAUCAUAUUAAAUCAAUAUUCAGGUAAAAAAAAACUUGACAGUUUGUCAAAGUAAUUUAGUUAUUGCAUAAAGAAGAAUGGUUAGUCUCAUAGAUUAUGUGAAUACUUGUAUUUCUGAGAAUACAUAAAGCCUUACAUAAAGUAAAUUUCUAUAGCCAGUGACAGAUAGUAAUGCUGUAUAUGUUGCUUGAAUGACGAUUUACUACAAAGGAUUAAUGCAUACAUAAAUAUGCUCUACAUACAAAAAUAUAUGCAUGAUUAGGAUGAUAACAAGGCAGUGACAGUGUUAUAUAACCUGACAGACUUCAUCUACAGAGCUUUUAUACCAUUAAUAAUACCAGCUGGAGCAACAAAAACAAAGCAUUCAUGUUCUUUGCAGUAUAAAUGUUUCUCUUUUUACAGAAUGAUUCACAACUGUUGUAUACUGUUUGUGCUCAGAUACUAAAUACCUGAGAUACAUAUUGAAAUGUUGAAAUAUGUUUGUGUAUUACAAUAUCUCAGUUUUUUAAGGUGUGAUAUUUAAAAGAUGUUGCAUUAUCUUUUGCGAUGGUAUGGAUAUAUUUUAUUUUUUCCCUAAACCAUUCCUAAAAUACUAUGUAUUUCCACAACAUCAUAUUUUGUAUGACUUAGAUGCCAAUGUAUUUUUAUCCUGUUUUGUUACCAUUUCUUAUUGUUUUAUAGAGUUUUUUUUCAAGUGCAAAUCCAAAAUAGGAAUGUUGCCAUAAUAAGAUUUGUAUUAUAGAUCCAGUGAUCAAGAUAAUAAGUAUAAGUCAUUGCUACUGUGAUACAUUUGAGUUGAAUAGUAAAAUUAUUGUGUAUUUAGUUCUUUCGUACACUUUUAAAAAGAAGAGUUCAUUUAGGUUCCAUUUCAGUUCCAACAUUGUAGAGUAUCAUUACCCCAUAUUUUUUAAUAACCCUAUUAAGUUUUGGUAUUUUUUUCUAAUGUGAAUGCAUCUCAGGUGCUGGCAAAGUUGCUGAAGGAAACAAAUCUGAAAAAUAACUGCAUACAGAUUGUGCAGUUAAGGUAUUUGUGGAACAGUACCAUAGUUUUGGUUUUAAGAACAUAUCAAGGGUCUCUUUGUGUAAUCAUAUCAUAUAUGAAAUAUACUCUUGCAAAAUGCUUGUUAGGUGUACUGUGAUGUGUUAUACAUAUAUAUAAUUUUUUUCCAGUCAUCUUUUACAAAGAGUGAAUUGUAACCUCCUCCAUUCAUUGAUACCUGUGGCCUUGACAGCAUUCAGGUGUGUGAGAAGCAAUUACCGUAUCUUUUGCUCGGUGGUUUUUCAUUUAAUCUUUUCCAGGGAUUGGCCCAUAACUUUGGAAAAAAUUCUUGGAAUACACUGUAAUCCUUUCUUGAGAUACAAUGUAAUCCUAAAUGUGUCAGCAUAUUAUAUCUAUAGGUGAUAUGUACUCUGAUCUUGUAUUAAUAUCACAGUCAUAAAGAAAUACUUAUAAAAGUAAAAAAAAAAACCUUGAUGGUGCACUAGCGGUCAGAAGAGAAUGCAGAACAUUGCAUUACAAGACCUUCAUCUGGUGCGAGUUUCCUCUCGUGUGCAAUGGAUAGUAUUGCUACUUGUCUAUGAUACUCUUGUGCUCAUGAUGCAUCAUUGUGACACCAGUAAUGGAAAGUGCUUAUGUAGGUGUAGAUAUUUGUAUAUAUAUAUAUUUGUAAAUUGUGCUUAUUUUGUACAUUAGGUGUCUGGAUACUUUUGUGUAAAUGUCAUAGUCAGUGCAUAUUAUAUUUUAGUUUAUAGGUUAAUAUUGCCUGAACAAAUUUAUGUUUCCAGAAAUGAGGUAACCGUGGAUUCCUCUUACUCUAAAAUUGAAAUCAUUUGUAUAGUCUUUAUAGUGGUCAUCUUGAUAUGCUCAGAUUGUUAUGCAUAAAUUUUGAGCUAUAUGUUCAAACCUUACAGAAAUUUGUUCAUAUUGUUAGUUAUCUGGCUCAAUCUUUAUUAACCAUUCAUCUUUUUAGAAAAUAAGAAAGGAGAUCGUGUUACAUCAGCUUGUUCAAGAAAAGUUGAUUGAAAAUUAUCAUAAAGAAUAAAACCAUUAUAUCUUUGAUCUGUUGUGAUAUCUCAUUCAAAAAAAGUUUCCCAUGUGAAUAGGAUUUGUAAAAAGGUAUGUUGAAGGAUUUUCAACUUUUGUGCAGAUAGGAGAUUGUGUUACGUUUGAUGUGGUACAGCCAUUUUACCACUGGUUCUUCUGUAUACUGAACUACAUUCACACUGAAAGAGCUGAGAAACACAGUAGUGGACCAGAAACUGUAUUUUUGCAUCUAUUGUAUACAGAGUUGUAUUUGUACUUAAGAAUUAUGUAGAAGUA